AUGUCAAAACUUGGCCCCAUAAUACGUCGAGUGGCUAUGAGAAGAUCAAGAGCAAUAUUGCUACUAUUUAUCAUUCUAGUCACUCACAUACUAGUUGCUUCUCAUAUACACGACACUCCUAUAAAGCAAUAUAUUGCUGAUAAUGUACCCAUACCACAUUUGAAACAACUACUACUGGCAGCUGAAAGGGAACAUAAUGGAACUGAUUUCGAUACAAUAGUAGUUGAUUAUUUGCGUAAGCAACAGCAGAUGCUAGGUACAAGCCUGGCUUUAACUGAUGACAAGACUAAGCAGCAACUUGAAAUUACGAAACAAGUGUUGGAUGGGACGACUUAUACCACUAGUGAACUGUUUAAUGUCAUAAAUAUUCCACCAAAGGAACAAAUUCCACCAUUACAGCCAUAUGAUCCACGAUAUACGUUUGGGUUGUUGCUAAGGUACAUCAACUCAAAUAUGAACAGUCCAGAUCUACAGCAUCAGCAACAGUUGACGAUACCUGUUUUCCACUGGGCUGAUCAUGUUGAUAUGUCAGCAAUGGAACAAUACCUAUUCGAUCCAGAAAAACAACCAUGUGCAUACUUUGAUACAAGCGUUAGAAACCCCAGGAAGAAUGAACGAGAGGGACUUUUGAAACCGGAAACUUAUUGUGUUGAUGAUGAUGACAUUGAUAGGAUAUUGAAAGAGCCUGCAGCACAAGCAAGAUUCACUGCGGAUACUAUUGCUGCGUUUCAAAGAAUACAAAGUGAGCGAGAUAAUUCACCUUCAUUUACUACUGGGUUUCAUAUUUAUAGUAGUACCGGAAGAAAUAAGAAGUCGGUGCGUCCAAUUUUGUCUCGGUCCUAUUUACAUGAUUUUAUGCAAGUGCCGCUAACUUUUACGUUCUUGUUGCCAGGUGGGAAAUCGAUACAGUUUAAUGUCAAUCAAAAACAACGUACAAAAUUGAAAGAUUCAGAUUUAUUUCAGGAGGGUGAGAUUAAUAUAAAAAAUGAAAUUGUGUCAUUGGCAAGUAAGUUGCCAUCACAAAGUAAAGAAUUAGCAAUGGAAAAACAUCUUACUCAUGAUCAGUUUAUCGAUAAGAGUGCUCAAAAUGUAGUGUCUUUACAAUCACAAGCUGAACAACUCAAUCAAACUGACAAGAAUUAUCUCCAUGCUCUCGAGACAUCGUUACAAGAACAAGAUCCCACAAAAUAUUUCAAUGAAGCCUACAUUGUCAGAAGAGAAGCAAAUUUCGCAUUGGGAAGUCAUUACGACUGGAGAUUCAUCAACGGAGUAGUCAAUGGUACUCCAAAACAAAGCAUAUCGAUAAAUGGACUUCUCAAGGCAUUUCUUCGACUAACCAACCAAUACAAUUUGAACACAUGGAUAGCUCAUGGGUCUUUACUAUCUUGGUAUUGGAAUGGAUUGCAAUUCCCUUGGGAUGCUGAUGUUGAUGUUCAAAUGCCUAUUCUGGAUUUACAUCGCCUAUCACAACUAUUUAAUCAAACUGUUCUUGUUGAUUUCGGCAUAGAUUCAAACAAGGAAACGCGAUUUGGUCGCUAUUUUCUUGAUUCAUCGACAUUCAUAUCUCAUAGAUCGAGAGGCAAUGGAAGGAACAAUAUCGAUGCCAGACUUAUUGAUUUGGAUACUGGAUUAUACAUUGAUAUUACAGGCUUAGCUAUAUCUGAUAUGCCCACCCCGGGAAGAUAUAAUUUCUUAUUAACUAAAACCAAAUAUGGAUCUCGCAAAAAUGAUCACUCAAUUAACCCUGCGGAAAAGAAUAAUUAUUUACAAAUUUAUAAUUGUCGAAAUGCUCAUUUUGCCAAAUUACAAGAAAUAAGUCCACUCAGAUUAAACCUGGUUCAAGGUGAAUUGGGGUAUAUUCCAUUUGAUUUUGAAACGAUGCUACAUGUUGAAUAUCGUGCCAAGGGGACAUCGAGUACCUUAUUUGCUGAUCAUGUGUUUUUACCUAAAUUGAGGAUAUGGGUGCUCAAAAAUGCAGUGUUGAAAUUUGUCACUAAUGGUGGUCAGAAUGAUGGUGCAAAUCGAUUACAAAAAAUAAAUGAGGGUGAGACGAAUGUAAUUGCUGUUAAUUUGACCGAUGAUGAAUAUAUUGAAUUCUUGUAUGAGAAUGAACCAGUGUUACGAGAUUUCAUUGCUACGCAUCAAAUCACACAGGUUCAUACUAUGGAACUUGGCAAACUAGCUAAGAGUAAAUCAUUGCUCAAGAUGUUCCUAAAAGAAAAUGCCGGAAUAUAUGGGGGUGAAGUUUCCACUGUUGUUGAAGAUAAUGCUGAUUCGCUUGAACGAAAACGAGCUAGUUUGCAAUUGGAUUAUUUUAUCAGUGAAGUUGGAAAUGUUGAAGGUGGAUACAGCUACAAUGACGAGUUGAAGAGAUUGAACGAUAAAGUUAAGCAGUAUGCUGCUACUUUGAAGAAUCGAAGAGAACCUGGAGUUGUUGAUAUAUUGAAGAAUGAGUUUUUGAAGACAGGGAAAGGCGAUUAA